GCUCGGCGCAUCGGUGCGCGGGGUCAAGGGUCAGCCUGAAAGAUGGCGGCGGCGGCGACCUUCCUCAGGCUGCUGGGCCGGGGAGGCGCGGCGGCGCGGAGCCUACCCGGGGCCGCCAGGUGCUUCGGGGUGCGGACCUCGCCGGCCGGGGAGAAGGUCACGCACACCGGCCAGGUUUAUGACAAUAAAGACUACAGGAAAGUUCGAUUUGUAGGUCGUCAGAAAGAGGUGAAUGAGAACUUUGCCAUCGACCUGAUAGCGGAGCAGCCUGUGAGCCAAGUUGAGAGUCGAGUGAUAUCGUGUGACGGUGGUGGGGGGGCCCUGGGCCACCCCAAAGUGUACAUAAACCUGGACAAAGAAACAAAGACGGGGACGUGUGGCUACUGUGGCCUGCAGUUCCGGCAACCCUGCCACUAGGGCUGCACGGGCAGCUCGGUGACACCGACUCUGUCUCUAGUGCCGAAUAAAGGGUGUUGUUCUCCA